CUUCUUGGCUGUACAUAAAAAGCGAGUCGCCAAAAGACAAGUCACUCUUGAGUUGAGUUUGCUAGCAGACGCUCCUACGCACGACUUCACUUCGUUACAACCUGCUGAUACCUUCUGACGACUGCCUUACAGAACCAUGGCUGCUACCGUGACCACGCAUGUGUAUGGCGGACCGGUGUCGUCCUUCCCUGCCCCGGCGUCCUGGGCGGUAUACUCCCCGGCGUACGACCUGCCUUCCCCCGCCUGGACCCCGUCACAAGCACCGGUGGACGUCAGAACACGGUCUCCCGUGCCGACUGCCAGCCCUCCCCUGAAGGCGACUCCGAAGCCCGCCCGUGGUUCCAGCGGGUUCAACUUCGCCUCCAUGCCGAGCGACAUCGCCCGAGAGAACGAGAAGAAGCCGUCGGUCUCAGACUUCCCCGCGUCCGUGGUCAGCACGGCGUCUCCCGGUGUACCGUACAGCGUGGGCGUCACGAUCGGCGCGUGGUACGCGAACACCCCGGGGAAGAUGGUCGCCGCACCCCGUAGCCUGUACCGAGUCAGCCCGUACCCCGCCUCCCGGCCUGCAGGACCGAAGCCCUCCGCUAGGUUCCCGUGCGACGUCUGCGGCAAGGUGUACGCAAGCCGCCAGGCGCUCAGCGGCCACGUCGGCGGCGCCCACCGGGACGGCGACUCCAGCGAGCGGCCCCACGAGUGCAAGGAUUGCGGCAAGUCGUUCAACAAGUCGUCCACCCUCGCGGCCCACCAGCGCGUCCACACCGGCGAGAGGCCGUACAUCUGCCCGAUCUGCAACCGCGGGUUCUCCCAGCGCUCGUCCCUGGUGCCGCACCUCCGUACGCACAGCGGGGAGAAGCCGUACAGCUGCACCUUCUGUCCCCGCUCCUUCGCCGACGCCUCCACGCUGGUCAAGCACGUCCGCACGCACACCAACGAGAAGCCGUACAAGUGUGAGGUCUGCGGGAUCAGCUUCACCCAGUCAGGCAACCUCAAACGGCACAUGAAGGUUCACGCCAAGAAGGACGACGGACAGUAGUAGUGUGUGAACUUCGGUUGAGGACUCGUACUCGUAGCUACAGAGAUACUACUCGUAUGAUAAAAUAUUGUGUAACAUUGAUUCGUAACUUGUUGCUGAGUAAAUUUGGAGCCUUUGGCAUCUACGUAUGUAUAAGACAAGGUUUCAUGUAACUGUACGUUGUUGUUCACAUCAGGCUUGCUGGUCUUGCCGUGUGUACAUUUUUGUACUACAGUCUUGGAUAGCUGGUUCCUUUCCAGGUUGAGCGAUUGGGAGAGAAC